AUGAUGGAUGUGUCUGCAGAGGAGGACAGAAGAACGGUUUUAGUAGGGUGCCAAACGAGACUGGAGAUCCAGUCGUCGUGGCCCAUAAUAAUGGCGUCAAAGUUGACAGAGCACUUGGUUGUGCUGUCGAUGCUGAAAAGAUGCUGUUUGUUCAUUAAAAGACCCAAUUUGUUCGAGUUGUCUGCUUUGGAGAUGGCCUCGUUCACGCAGAGCUUCCAAAGUCUGAUACUUGAUCCAGUCCUCGUGACCGGGGAGGUUGGCCUGGUAUUGCAGCGAGUCGGUUUUGGUGUACGAAAGAACGUGGAAUUGCGGCUUGGAGCCACCGACAAAGAUGACGUAUUUUUCCGGCUCUAUUUCCUCGAUAGCGAGCGAAAGCGGCAUGAAAUCGGGUCCAAUAGUUGUUUCAGCCACACAGACCACCUCUCCUUGGCCAGAAACGGCCCAGACCUUGAUUUUCCCGUCCGCUCCACCAGUGACGAAAAUAUUCUUAGACACGGCCAAAGAGGUGACGCUGGCGGAAUGGGCGUCCAAGCUGGCCACAAGGUCAAAACCAGACUCCCGGUUUGUGUAUUUCCAGACCUUGACAGAAUGGUCCUCGGCCGUAGAGACCAAGAACGACGAUUCGGGGAGCCAUUUGACUGCGACCACAUGCGACGAGUGCGCUUUCAAAGUGGACAAAACACCAAGAUGAACCUGUUCCGGACUCCACAGGGCGAUAGCAUUGCGCGCUCCACCAAGCCGAGCUGUCUGAAUUGCACGAGCUCAGGCCGCAAAUGCGGCGGAUACGGGUUGCGACUUGUUUUCGACGUGGAUGAUAGCCGUAAUCAGAGCGUCGGUAUCCCCACAGAUUCCAAGGGACAGCCGAAAUACGGGUUCCGGGGACGGCCAAGACUGAAAGACAGCGAGGAAAAGGCUAUCAAGAUUGAGAUCGACGACGAUAAGGCGCUGCUCAAGGUGGACCAGCCCAGACAGACCAGAUCAGCCAAAGAGGCCGAGUCUAAGCCUGCAGAGUUGGUUGGGUCUCCAACACGGGUGUUUUCGCCAAACCUACUGUUUGACGACGCCGUUUACGAUGGUCUGGACUAUCUGCUGUCGACCGCAGACGAUUUGAGCUUGUUCAGCUCGGAACAGGUCCACCAACAACAGCAGUACCAUCUGCAACAACUAGAGCAACAGCAGGGCCAGCUCCUGCAGCAGAUCGCCACGCCGCAACAAAUACUCGACCCAGUUGACGAUGACCGCAAACUGAUUACAUUUUCGUCGGAUAUGGACCUCAACGUAUCCAAUCCGCCCGAGGACAACUACAUUCUUAAACAUUUCUUCAACAAGACCAUUUUCCUGUUGGACGCACAUCCGUCUGCUCCGUGGCCCGAGCUGAUGCUCCGGUUUGGCAGCAUCGAGCUGGCCAAGUCGUGUUUUUUGUCCCUGAGCUCUAUCCAUCUGUAUGUUAACAACGGACAGAACGAGUUCUACAAGAAAGGUAUUCUGCACAUCAAUAACACCAUGGAGUAUUUGAUCAAAUACGUCCGGUCGAAAGAUACUUCGCGCAAACAGUCGGAAGAAGAGCCAGAAGAUUCGUCGUUGAACGUGGAAAACAUCGUUAUCAACUUGAAAAACGAAGAAGCCAACGACAGAAAGCAGACCAACUUCUUUGUGAUUCUGCUUUUAUUGUACGUCCAUUUGAUCUUCGCCAUUCUCGAAAGCGGCCGGUCUGCCUUGUCGAGGAUUUUUUUGAAACUGUUCGCGUCUAUCGCCAGAGACCCCCAGUUCAAGUCUGCUUUGAGCCAGAUUGACCAGUCGCAAACGCUGGUCUGUGUUUUCGCAUGGUUUGACACGGUUUCCGCUAUGGUUUCGCCCGACUGUCGCGUGCCGUUCUGCAGUCCCGAGUGGUACGGCACGAAAAGCGACCCGAUCUCCACUGCCAAGAUGAACGGGUGUCCGGGAGAGAUCUUCCAGAUUCUGGCCGAGAUCUGCCAUCUACGAAGCCAAAUCCACCAGGAAACCAUUCAAAAAGACGAAGUUGGCGCCGUUUUCCACGAAUUGAAGCAGAAACUCGUUAAUUACAGAGAUCACGUCCCGCUGGAACUGCCAAACUCGUACUCUUACGAAGAGCGUUUGAAAUCCGCUCAAUGUUGGUCGCUUUCUGCUUUAAUCAAGCUUGAGGAAAUGUGCCAGAUAAACAACCAUUUCCAAGAUACAAUCGAGAGCCUGACAUUGGAGUUCAUCUCCACCUACGAGACAUUGGACUCGGAGUCGCCGAUCGUGACACAGAUGGUUUGGCCCGUGUUCAACGUGGCAUUGUAUUGCAAAAAAGAGCUGUCCAAGCGCAAAUUACGACAGUUCUCUCAAACUCUCUACAAAACGGUCAACAUGGGCACAAUCAAGACGGCCAUGCAAUUGGUGGACGAAGUUAAGUCAAAAUUAAUAUAUCAGCUAGUCUACUUACAAUUUUUGCAUAGCAGCAACGUCAGUAGAUUGGACGUAGUCCUCGAACUCCUCAAUUUGGGCCUGCAGAUCGUCGAUGGAAACCUUCUCGUCCUCAACAACACAGUUGAUUUGGAGCUUCUUGAUACCGAAUCCAACAGGGAUCCAUUGGGAUCCACCCCAGGUCAGACCAUCAAUCUCAAUACUCUUGACGGAAGACAAAAGGGCCUCGAGGUCGGUCUCGUCGUCCCAUGGCUUCACCUCAAGAGUGACAAUAGACUUGGAGGCUGGCUUUGGACCUUUGGCGGCCUUCUUGGCAGCGUACUCAGCCAAUCUCUGUUGCUUGAGCUUCUCGGCCUCCUCGUCAACCUCCUCGUCAGAGGAUCCGAAAAGGUCGACCUCGUCCUCGUCGUCCUCGGCAGCUGGAGCCUUAGCAGCAGCCUUAGCAGCAGGCAAAGAACCAAAGUGCUCGGUGUAAGAAGCAAUGUGGUUGAACCAUCUGGAGAAGUCUGGGUAGCUAGAUUGGAAAGCCUUGUAAGCAGCAACGUCGGCUUGGGUGGCAGAAGUACUGGAAAUGUUAGUAAAAUGCUUGAAAUUCCUUCAGUGGCCGCCCGUAGACGGAUCUCGUUUCUCACUCAUGCUGCGGGUCUUGAAUCCGCCUCAUAA